UAUUGUCUAACAUUUACUCCUGACAAUUGACGUUGGUACACGCUAAAUCAAUUCGGGGAUGGCGGAUUUCUUUGCUGAGAAGCCUCUGUUCAUGGAGAAGCAGAAUGACAACCCUUUGGUUAUGCAGGAUCCUAAUGCAGCACCGAGGAAGCUCAAGUACUUGUGGCUGUUUGUUACCAGUCCCUCCCGAAUGUACCGAAGGUUUGAGUGGUGGUGUAUUUCCAAGUUUCUGGCAACAAAAGAUGUAAAGAGGGAGCGGAUAACCUUCAAGCUUCAUGAAAAGUACAGGGAGAAUCCCCAGCUAGCACUGUUGUACUAUUUUCAUGACUUGGCUAAGACCACCAAAACUGAGGACACAGUGACAGCUGACCUAUACGUGAUAAAGAAGCUAUUAAAGAACGGGGCGGACCCGCACGCCUGUGAUGAUGGCGGACAGAACAUGAUGCACGAAAUAGCUCGGUACCACCGUGCUGAGAUCUGCUACUUCUUUCUAGAGUACAAAAUCAACAUUAAUCUAGAGAACGACUAUUGUGUGACCCCACUACACGUAGCAGCUGCCUUCAACAACUCUGCUGUAGUUGAGAUUCUGGCUAAUAACGGUGGUAUCCUAGAAUCAACAACCUUUUACAUGCUCCAGACCCCUCUUCACUAUGCAGCUAGAUACGACUCCCCAAACUCGGUCAAGACGUUGGUAAAGAUGGGUGCCAAGAUCGAGGCUAGAGACUACCGAGGAAGAACGCCCCUGUUACUGGCAGCAGAACUGGGCAGAGUACAAGCAGGUGCCAUGUUGCUGGAAUGUGGAGCUAAGGUUUAUGCCAUCGACUUUACUGGAAUGUACGGAAUCAGUGCUAUGGUGGACAAAUGCCCUCCGCUUGCAAUCAAGGCUCUAGAAACUUGCGUGGAGAGGGAUCUGAGGAGUAGAAAAGAGUACUAUUCUUUACAGUUUCUUGAACCAACUACACUCUGUAAUGACAACUGUGCCAAAACCACCUUUACUGUGCUGGAGGAGACAGUCAGAGCAGGAAGCGGGAACUUGGAUAUUGUAAAACAUUCCAUGAUCCAGAAGAUGAUUGAGGUCAAGUGGUUACAGUUUGGGAGAAGAGGGUACAUUAAGGAACUGGCUGCCUACAUCAUAGUGUUAAUUAACUGGAGUUUGUUGUGUCUCUUCAACCCUAUCCGACUUCCGGAGGAUAUGAAAAACAAAGUCAUUGACCCAGGUAUUCAGAGGGUAGAGAUUGCUAACGAAAUACUGACAGUCCUCUUUUUCUUCUAUCAGGUAUUUGACGAAUCAAGAGAAAUGAGGACAAAUAUGAGAAGACACAGCCAAUUUGUACUGCAGCGGAUGAAGCAACUAGAAAUGGAGUUUAAGUAUCUUGAGCUACUGUCAGACGAAGAGAAGGAAUAUUUGCACAAUGAACAAAUAUCCGUCAAGCAUUCAAAAAGUGUGUACACAAACGACGCUUGGAAUACAUUUGACUGGUUUUCCAUUGCUCUGAUGUUUGUGACGAUGGUAGUCCACUUCACGAUCAAGUACGGUUUUCCAGACUACUUUGUUCAGAGAGGUAUCCUGCUCUCAAUUACCCUUGUUAUUGUCUGGUUGAAGAUGUUCAAAUAUUGUCGGGUCCUUAAAACUCUAGGGCCAUUUUGUGUCAUCAUCGCCUCCCUUCCGAAGGAUUUCAUGAAGAUCGCUCUCGUGUACAUCAUUCUUUAUGUACCCAUGGUGUGUACUUUCUUCCAUUUCUUCUGUGAACCAUAUGCUGAUGAACUGAAAUUGGAGGAUGACUUUGAUGAAACCCAAUACGGCUCUCUUCCACAAACUUUCUUUACAGUUUUUGUGUACACGCUAGUUGGAGAUUAUGGGUACGAAACUCUAAAACUUAUCACUGCUCAACGAAAACAGUACUUCGCUUUCACGCAAAUUAUCAUUGCUUACUGGAUUUUAGUUUCUGCUGUACUGCUUCUCAACAUCUUCAUUGCUCUUAUGUCAGAUACAUUUGCGAGGGUGUAUGAGAACGCCCAGGUCGUCUCGCAGUUUGAACGAGCAGCUAUGAUAGUGAGCAUAGAAAACAAACUUCCCAGCUACUGGAGGAAACAUCAUCUAAUAGAUAUAUCGUACAACUACGCCCCCGUCUGUUCUUACUUUGAUGACGAUAGUGUACCAGAGUCUGAGGCGAGCUUUGAAGAAGAGUUAAAAGAAUCCAGUGAUACACUAAAGUCGCUCGUCACCAAAGCACAAGGGAAAAAGGAAUCAGAUAUAAUAAAGUUUGUGAAACAGAAGAUACAGACCCAAAACGAACUUAUUGGUGCCAUCCUUGAGAAAAUAGAAAGCAAGACUGAAGGCCAAACGUUAGUGAAGUAGAUAGAGAAGUGAUGAGUCUGCUGAUUAAGUAAUUAUUGACCAAUUAACAAAGAGAGUUGUUCCCUUUCAGUAUAGGUUUUUGUUUGGAAAAAGUCCGGAAUGAUCCGGAAUUGGAGAUGUGAAAAUGAAUAUUCUGCUCGGUACUGUCGUAUUCUUCGUAGGUUGCAUACUUUGUGGUAGGCCAUGGAUUGCUAUGACUUCAAUGCUGUAUUCUCUGAACCUCUUAAGGCAUGUUUUUCUGAGUAUAAGUACGAUUAGUCAGUAUUGAGUAUUGUAGACCACCUCCCUGCUACUGGAAGAGGAACAACUCUGUUGAUUCUAGCAGGUCAAAGAGAAGACCAAGUAAAGCCAAAAAGGCUACGACAGAAGCUUCUCGCAGAACAUCUCGCAGAGCCACUGUUACAGGCCUUGAGACCGCUGCUGCUGCUUCCAGUACAAACAUCGUGGAACCCGCUGCCGAGGGAACUCCCCGGCUAGAGACAACUUUAACAAGGAUCAGGCAUGAUACUGAAGAGACUGUGAGUAGUAGUGAGAGUCGUGAGACUGUUUAUAGCCGCCAAGAUAAUUGUAAGAGUCAAUGAUGAAUCCCAGUUUUUAGUUUAAAUUGAAUUUAUUGUUGUCUUGCACGGAUUAAGAUAUGAAAAAGAAAUUGUAACUAUUUUUAACUGAAAUUUUGACG